CUGGUGUCCGGGUUGGAGGACACCCGAAGCAAUAGCAAAGCACUGAGAGCCAGGGACCAGGAAGAGGAGGGGGACGACGCCGAAUCGGAGACACACACACACACACAACACACACUGGAGUCCUCCACCCCAUUCCCUGCAAAGUCACAUUUUGUGGGGAACAGGCUGGAAUGCAGUUGUAAAUGAUGAGUUUGUGUGCAGAGAUCUGCCAGUCGGAAAACUCUAACUAUAAUGCUGAUUGGUUACAUCAACGUUAUGGAGUCCGAUCAUAUCUGCAUCAGUUUUAUGAAGACUGUACAGCAUCUAUCUGGGAGCAUGAGGAUGAUUUUCAGAUUAAGAGGUCUCCAAGCAGGUGGACUUCUGUUGUCUGGAAGGUUGGACUUAUGUCUGGGACUACCAUACUUCUUAUAGGAUUGGCACUGAUUGCAGCUGGCUAUCUGGUACCACCGAAGAUUGAAGCAUUUGGAGAGCAGAAUGAAAAUUUUCUGGUAGUGGAUAGUCAUGCUGUUCAAUUCAAUGUGGCACUAGAUACCUGUAAGCUGGCAGGGGCCAUCCUCUUUUGCAUUGGUGGGAUAAUAAUAGCUGCUUGCCUUCUAAUGUCCACCUUUGCCAUGAGUUACUCUAAGGAAGAAAAAUACCUUCAGCAGAAGUUUAAAGAGAGGAUUGCAGAAGCCCAGGCUUCCUUCCAGCCUGUCACUAAGGUACCAGCACCAGGUGAACAUAAAAUCCCCAUCACUUUAUCUAAAGUACACAACGUACAGCCCACAUUGGAAACCUGAAGUGCAAAUAUUAGCUCAUUGUAAAUUAGCAAUACCAGCUCAAAUCUUUGUAAAUGUUUUAUCACAUUUUAUAGAGGUUUAAAAGAUGUAGCAUAAGGUGCUCAAUUCCUAAAUUUCAGAUCCAUGCCUUCAUUCAGUGAAUCACACAAGAAUCUAAUGAGAGAUUCAGAUUUGCAUUUCAAUUGUACAUUCACCAACAUCAUUCUAACAUUCACCAGACUCAGAAUACAGAUACAAGCUCUAGAAAGUGCCAACUUGCAGAGUAUUUUGUUUCCAAGUCUAAUGUGA